AUGCUUUAAAAAAAGAUAAAGUUUGAUACCUUAGAACUUCAAAGAUUUUACUUUGAUACACUGGGUUUAGAAAGUUUAAGUCUUGAAAAAAUUUAAGAGAUAAAGAACAUGGGAAUUGAAAUGCACGCGAAUUUGGAUACAUACUAUUACAAUAAUCGUGAAGAUACGAUUAAAGACUAUUACGCAAGGUCUUAAAAAUACGUUACUUUGACAUAAAAACUAGGCAUUUCGUAAAAUUGGAGUCAUUUGUAUCACAAGCUGAUAAACCUCACAGAUUUCAACUUAAAUGGGAGCGCGCUUUCUCUCUAAAUCGCAGCAUUUAACCCUAUAAUCAAUCUUUUAGGGUCUGACGAACAAAGAGAAUAUUGGCUUCCACUUGCACAUGAAAUGAAGAUAACAGGAGCUUAUGUUUAAACCGAACUUGGUCAUGGCUCUGAUGUAAAAAGCCUUGAAACAACAGCUACUUACGACGAAAAAACUAAAGAAAUCGUCUUUAAUACACCAUCAGUGAGCUCUACUAAAUUUUGGCCUGGUGGAUUAGGCAAAUCAGCAACUCAUAUGGUGGUUUUUGCAAAAUUGAUAUCAAAGGGUUAAGACCAUGGAAUAUAGGCUUUUAUUCUUUAAAUAAGAGAUAUCAAGACACAUAAAGUUCUUCCUGGUCUAGAAGUGGGCGAUGUAGGUCCUAAAAUUUCAUAGAUAAAUACUGACAAUGGUUAUUUGAUAUUCAAGAACUUUAGAGGUUCAAAAACUUCCCUUUUAUCCAGAUAUGUUUAGUUAAAUGAUGAUGGCACAUUUUAAGAAAAAAUUAAAAAUAGUGGAAAAUUAGCUUUUGGAGGAAUGCUUAAACUGAGAGUAUCUUUGGUUGAUAAUGGUCAUAGAAUGAUUGGAAGGAUGGCUACUAUUGCUACUAGAUAUUCAUUCCUUAGAAGAUAAUUUGAAAGCAAGGAUGGUAACUAAGCUCCAGAGGCUAUGAUUAUGUCAUAUCAAAUGUAAUAAUACAAGAUAGUGCCUGCUAUUGCUGCUGCCUGGUCGAUACUUUUCGCUGGGAGUACUCUUUUUGGAAUGUAUGAUCAUUAUUAGUCAAAGCUGUAAACUAAAGAUCCAAAAGCCUUUGAAAUUUUAGGUGAUCUUCAUGCUCUCACUUCAGGUUUUAAAGGAAUCAGCACAUGGAGCGGAGAAUACUGGGGUGAAAUUUUGAAGCAAUCAUGUGGUGGUCACGGCUAUCUUUAAGUUUCAGGAUUAACAAGACCACAUCUUGACUUUGGUGUCGGAGUCGUUACUGCUGAGGGAGAUAACACUGUUCUGAUGCAACAAACAAGUGCCUACUUACUUAAAAAAAUCCAGAAGGGUAAAAUUGAUCCAGAUACAUAUGAAUUCACCUUGAGCAGCAAACUUAGCAUUGAUCAAGAAAUAGUCCUACUAUAUGAAGUCAGAUUUAAGAACCAUUUGAAAAAUGUAGCCUUACAGAUAGCUGAAAGCAUGUCAAAGGGCAAGAAUUUCAAUUAGAUUUGGAAUGAUGAAUACCAAGCUGAUUUAGUUAUAGCUGGAAAAUAUUUCAUCUCACACUUUGCUAUUAAGAAUUUCUACGACAUCAUUAAUGGAAAGUCAUUAAAUGCUACUUAAGCUACUGUUACUAAACUUUCUCCAGAAUUACAAAAAGUUAUGCAAAUGCUAUUCAGAGUACACGGAGUCUAUCAACUAAUUGAAGAGUAUGAAACUUUUUACAUGAACUACCCUUCAGAUUAAUUUGUUGAUUACUUCAACUCUAAAAAGAUUGAUGAUUUGAAGAAGCAGUUUAAGGAAGAACUAUAGAUUCUAGGAAUGACUUCUCUUGACAUUGUUGAUGGUUUUGACUUCAAAGAUCCAGAACUACUUUCAAUCAUUGGAAGAAAAGAGGUUAAGAAUCAAGAAUAACUUUAUGAAGAGUUGCUAAAUGUUGUGAGAAAGAAUCCAAUCAACUCAAAGCCUGUACCACUAGGAUACUAGGAAUAUAUCAGGCCAUUACUUGUUGGAAAGCUUUGA